UUCGAUCCGUUUGUGGCGUCUACUCGGAUCGGAAAAGCUCAUCAAGGAACAGGAGAACUUGUUCAUAAUUGAUAUGUCUCCGGUACAGAUUCGGGGGUGGAUUUGUGGGGAAACGCGUUCGUAUCUGGAAGCAUUAGACACAUAAGUGUCAAGAUGUGCUCGAUAAAUAACGAGUCUGCGUCUACUGCGUGCCUAAAGAUGAGAUUUCUGCAUUUCUUCUGGACACCGCGGGGCUGAAAGUCCCGGCUCGACGAACGAAUAGUUAGACAGAUAGAUAAAUAGCCAAGUAGUUAGUGAAAGAAGAAAAUCAAGGGGUGAUAGAACCAGCGUGGAAAACGACAGAGUGUUUAAUUGGUUUUCAUAAGUCGAGAAUCGCGGAUCGCGAAAAAAAGACGGCCGAUCGAUGUCUUAUUUGUGAUGGGAGUGCCUGCGCGGGGAGCACUCGCGGCGAUCGUCGCCAUAACCGCAUUCGUCGUUUAUCUGAACAGCCUUAAUUGCGGCUUCGUUUUCGAUGACAUUUCAGCGAUCAAGGAUAACCGUGAUUUAAGACCUCAUACACCUGUGAAAAAUGUCUUUUACAAUGAUUUUUGGGGUACACCUAUGCACAAGGAGCAGUCACAUAAAUCAUACAGGCCAUUGUGCGUUCUCACAUUUAGAUGGAAUUACCUAAUUCAUCAGUUGGAUCCUAUGGGAUAUCAUCUGCUUAAUGUUAUCCUACAUGUUGGAGUAUGCUUAUUAUAUUUCAGGACUUGUCUGAUGUUUUUGCCUGAUUCAGCAACUUUUGUCUCUUCUCUCCUAUUUGCCAUACAUCCUAUACACACAGAGGCAGUUACAGGAGUGGUGGGAAGAGCAGAAACAUUGUCUUCUUUAUUUUACCUGGCAGCUUUAAUCACGUAUACUAAAUGUUGCAGAAAUAAAAGAUCAACAGGAUGGAAGUCUUUGAUAUUAUCUAUGUUUUUUGUUUUUACUGCUAUGUUAUGCAAAGAACAGGGAAUUACAGCUACUGCAGUUUGUGUAUUGUACGAGAUUUUUGUUGUACAAAAGGUGCGAGCAAUGGAUAUUUUCCUUACAUUAAAGGCAGCCUUUGGUGGGAAAAAGAUAUCCCUUGCUUGGUCCAGUGAAGGUACAAAACGUUUGACUGCCCUUACAAUUGUUACAUUUAGUUUACUUAUCCUUCGACUACACAUAAUGGGCUCAAAGUUACCUGUAUUCACCAGAUUCGACAAUCCCGCGUCAGUAGCACCAACGCCAGUAAGGCAGCUUACAUACAAUUACCUCGCAGCGGUUAAUUUAAGGCUGCUAUUUCUUCCAAACGACUUAUGCUGUGAUUGGACUAUGGGAACGAUACCGUUAAUAGAAAGUUUUACUGAUUCUCGCAAUCUCGCUACCAUAGCCACUCACACGACGGUGUUAGGAUUGUUGGCAACAGCAAUUUUAACACCGAAUAGACAAACUUCCAUCAUUCUUUUAAUGAGUUUGGCUAUGAUGGUACUACCAUUCUUACCUGCUUCCAAUCUCUUUUUCCCAGUUGGAUUUGUCAUCGCUGAAAGGGUAUUAUAUGCACCGUCUAUGGGAUUUUGUAUGUUGAUUGGAUAUGGAUGGAGCAUUUUAUGCGAUAAAAGACUUAAAAAACUUAUGCUAUUUUUAUUAAUAACACUUCUGGCUGCUCAUUCGACAAAGACUUUUAUCAGAAAUUAUGAUUGGUUGGAUGAAUAUUCCAUAUUCAUGUCAGGAUUGAAAGUGAAUGAUCGCAACGCCAAAUUAUUCAAUAACGUGGGACAUGCAUUGGAAAGUCAAGGAAGAUUUAAAGAAGCACUGAAUUUUUUUAAUAUGGCUGUGCAAGUUCAAGGUGAUGAUAUUGGUGCGCAUAUAAAUGUAGGCAGAACUUACAAUCAUCUUAAAAUGUUCAAAGAAGCUGAAGAUGCUUACCUGAAAGCAAAAUCCUUGCUACCAAAAGCAAAGCCUGGAGAGUCUUACCAAGCGCGAAUAGCGCCAAAUCAUUUGAAUGUUUUCGUAAAUUUAGCAAAUUUAAUCGCAAAAAAUGCCUCUAGAUUAGAGGAAGCUGAUUUGCUUUAUAGGCAGGCAAUUAGUAUGCGCGCUGAUUACACACAAGCAUAUAUUAAUCGAGGUGAUGUCUUAAUUAAACUUAAUCGAACCAAAGAGGCCCAAGAAGUUUAUGAGCGAGCUCUUUUUUACGACAGUAAUAAUCCAGAUAUUUAUUAUAAUCUGGGAGUUGUAUUCUUGGAACAAGGAAAAGCAUCCCAAGCUCUAGCAUAUUUAGAUAAAGCAUUGGAAUUCGAUCCAGAACACGAACAGGCAUUAUUAAAUUCAGCUAUCUUGCUUCAAGAAUUGGGACGUGCAGAAUUGCGAAAAGUGGCGAGAGAAAGACUGUUAAAACUUCUGAGAAAAGAUUCUAAUAACGAACGAGUGCAUUUCAAUCUUGGAAUGUUAGCUAUGGACGACCACGACAGCGGGAGCGCAGAACGAUGGUUCCGUAAUGCAGUCGCUCUGAAGGAAGACUUUCGAUCUGCAUUGUUCAAUUUGGCUCUGUUGUUGGCAGACGAGCAACGUCCUCUCGAAGCAGCACCUUUCUUAAAUCAGCUAGUUAGGUUUCACCCGGACCACGUUAAGGGAUUAAUUCUCUUAGGAGAUAUCUAUAUAAACAAUAUAAAAGAUUUGGAUGCUGCUGAAAAUUGUUAUCGUAGAAUACUGCAGUUGGACCCAACAAAUAUUCAGGGUCUGCAUAAUCUGUGUGUCGUAAUGGUGGAACGUGGUAAGUUAGGUCUGGCGGCUCAAUGUUUGGAGCGGGCGGCAGAUUUGGCACCCCAGCAGGAUUACGUGCACAGACAUCUUGCUAUUGUAAAGGGUCGCAUCAGUCGACUACCUCCGGAACAACGCGACACAGAAGUCUUCGAUGAUUCUUUCUGGCAGACUGGUCCGAAGGAAAGAAAUUUUAACAUGGCAGACAUCACGGCCAGUAACGCUGCCGGCAGUUCGACUGCUACUGGCGGACCUGGAAACAUGGUUAAUAGUGGUAACCAGUUCCUCGGGAAAACAGACUCUGUUUUUUCGAAUCCCCACAAUCACAUAGGGAAUAAGAAAAGCAGUAUAGACCCGCUGAAUAACAAUAUAAUACACCUGAAAGGUCCGUCGAAACCCGGAAGGAUUCCAUUGAAUGAAGUGAAAGCGGAUGCGAUAGAAGUAUAUAAUGACAAAAAUACACCUUUGAGUCCGAGUUCAAGUACGAAAGACAUGCAAGAACUAUCGUCUGAAAGAGGUUCUAGUAAGAGUACGAGCGCGGACGCGACGGAAUUGACAAUCGAUCGGGAACGUGAAAGCAAAAUGAUGAAUUCCGAGAAAUUUGAUCAAGUCGCGCCAAUCGUUUCAACUGGCGGAAAUAAUAUUAAUACCACACGUCAAACAAAGGACACAGCGCUCUCAUAGUACUGACGUUACAAACCGCCGAAUCUUGUAUAAAGUUAUAUAUUACGUAUAACAAAGGAAUAUGGUGGUACAGCCGUAUAGAGCUAAUGUGUGAAUAUAAAAUGAAUACAGAGUAUUGUUUUAUAUGCUGUACGAAUAGAAUGUUUUGUAAA